AUGUCUUCGAGGUCUUUUUAGAAGUCCGUAGUAAGUGCGUUAGGUAGCCAGUUGUGCGACUCAGUUGAAAGAAAGAUGCUGUGCUGCAAGGUUGUUUUAGUGUUCGUAGUUAGUCUAAUUGCAUUGAUCACCGGAAUGCCUCAAGAUAGCGAAAAUGGCGCCCAGAGUUCAUUCUCGCUUCCAUUCGUUCAACUUACAAAUGGUGGAAUCCGAUUCAAUUUGGGCGGCUACCAUGCCCAAGCUGGACUGGGCGGUUUACUAGGCGGAAGCAAUGGACUUCACGCUAGCGUUGGAACACCCUGGGGUGGUCAUGCGUCCGCUGGUUUGGGUGGCGCAAUCGAUGGCAACAAUGCAAAUCUUGGAGGGGGUCUGUUCGCGAGGGCAGGCCUUGGAAACGGAAGACACGAAGCUGCAGCGGGAUUAGGCGGCUUGAUAAAUGGAAGUGGAAGAUCGGGUCCUGGACUCAGAGGAGAAAUAUUUGCCAACACGGGAGCUCAUGCGGUUGGAACAUCACCAGCGUUUCCUAACAGAGGACCAAGCGACAGACGAGAUGAUGGAAAUAAUAAACCAGGUGAAGAUGAAGGCGAUAGGGGCCAACCAACCAGAGGACAUUCGAAUAUUCAAAUAAUCUCUCGUUCUGGAAAUAAGAAAGAAAAAGUAUUGGAGACAGUGGCUGUGCCGGCGGAAUCUCCAGAGGCUUUUAAGCAAAUUGACUCCUCGUCGAAAAAAGAGAUACAAGAAGCACUAAACCUUAAACCGCUAUCUAUCGCCGAGGUUAAUCCUGUUUUGUCCAGCGAGACGAAUGAUAUACGCGUUGUUCGACUAACAAAAGUCCUUCCACGUCACCGUAGAAGAAAGUUAUGGGAAUCGAAGAGACAGGUUAAUCAAGAACAUUCAGUCCUGAUAGAGCCGCAGGGUAAUGCCGAUUCAAACGUUCAAAACAUCCAGAAGCGUCAAGCGAUUUAUUAUUCCGACCCUACACCUACGCGAAAAGUAGCGGUAAUGAGGACCAAAAGUCCAGGUUUUUACGAUGACGUAUUUCAGAUACCGAUAUCAACGCUGAACGCUGUUAAUCAACUGUUGAAUAAUAAUGCCGGCUAAGCAAUGUCGUCAUGUCGCGUCAAUUUCCUAAUCUCCAUACAUACUUUUACAUUGUAAGACUUAGUGGUAGUGGAAAGAGCUAUUCAUUAAAAAAAGAUAUAGAUACGUUGUGUUUAAUUCGUCAGAAUUUUCUUAAUAAAUUAUUCUAAACUGAACUCUUCUUCACUGUUUAUUCCCAUCACCCCAGAUCUACACUGCAUUAAUAAAUCAAUCGAAAAUAAUCUACUUUAUUCUGUAAACAUGAAACCUAUUAUAGUAUCGUGAAAUAAUCGUGUAAAACUCGAUGAACUUAAUAAGACAAAGAGUACGAACUGCAGUGGAGGUAAUAAAAGUAGAAGUGCUGAAGGGAUGAGAAAUCCCCAUGGGUCAUCGGGCCCAUCGACGUGCCCGUGGCCCUUUUGGAAAAUCGAGUACUUGGAAAGGCGAACGUGACCAUAUUUUGGAAAUGGUUUUAGUUAAAUAAUUAUAAUUUUCUGCUCUAUCAUUUGUAAGUAAAUAUACGAAAUAAAAUUCCUAUAUCGCUAAAUUGUUGCUUCUUUCCUAAACGUGUUCCCAAGUGAAGAGUUUCCAAUCGCGAAAAUUGCCGUUAUCUUACUUUUAGGCGCUCAUAUUCGAUAAAAAUCGCAAUUAUGUUAUGUAAAAGGCAAAAUAUGCGUGUGUUCAGAAAUUUCAUGGAACAUACAAAUAGUGGCAGUAAUGAUGUUUGACAAAGCCAAGGUCGAGUUUUUGGAUAUCAAUGCUAAUUUCCGUACAAUGACAGCUGUUAUGAGGUAUUUACUGUUAAUGAUUAAACAGUGUGAUAUCGACCGGCUGAUAACUAUUAUAUAAAUAUGAACGAGUCAACCAAAAAAGCGAGUACUUUCAAAGAGCCGCUUUCUGUAUUUUCGUCGCAAAGUCAUACGAAAGAACACAGCUCGUCAAUAUGAGAGUUGUACUGUCUUUAUUCCUCUCUUGCAUCCUGCUUGGAUUCUUGGCCGGAGUAGGCAAUAGUCAGCUGACUGGACAGGGCAUCCUUUCUCCUGUACAAGGAGUCCUUGGUAACACACUAUCCGGAGCCCCGACCCUCAACGAUGCCCUCACUAGUAUCCUUGGACCUCUUUUGACUGGUAACUCCAGCACCGUAGGAGACAGUGGCCUCGCCGGAAGCCUGACUAACCUCUUGAACAGCCUUGAAAGGGUGUCACUCGGUUCACUACUUCAAGGUAUUUUGAAUGGAGAUCUUUCAGGACUGGAAGAACUACUUGGACCUGUAAUACAACUCUUACAAAGCAUACCUAUAGUUGGCCCACUCAUAGUGCUCCUAUCACAAGUAUUGCGCAUUCCACUAACUCUUGUCGCAAGUAUAGUCGCUUUAUUACUCGAGCUCUUGAUAAUUCUCUUGAACGUAACGAGAGGUACGAGUGGUUAAUAAGUGUCUUACACAUUAGCAUUCGUAUAAUUUAAUUUGGAUAUGCAUAUUCAUAUAUUAUACAUGUUACAAUAAAAUGUGCAUUUUGAAAAAUAAAAUUCUAUCUCAAAAGUGAAAAA